AUGCUGGAAUCGUUGGUUGCCACGAUCCUGAAUCGUGUGUUGGGCUCAUACGUCCGCAACUUCGACCCUAAUCAAUUGAACAUCAGUGUAUGGAGUGGAGAUAUCAAGCUGAGAGAUCUGGCCUUGAAGAAAGAGGCCCUCGACCAAUUCCACCUCCCAGUCAACGUCGUACACGGGCAUUUAGGAGAAUUAACCAUUCAGAUUCCAUGGUCCAACCUUAAGAACAAGCCGGUGAAAAUCACAAUCGACAAUGUCUUCAUCCUUGCGGUGGCUCGACAGCAGGACAAGAUUGAUCCGGAAGAAGAGGCCAAACGAGAGCUGGCAGCCAAGCGAGAAAAACUGGAGGCUGCCGAGCUUAUGGACCAGUCGAACGAAGACAACCCCGCGCUGUCUUCGGACGAAAUCAAGCGUAACCAGAGCUUUUCCGAGUCACUCACUACAAAAAUCAUCGACAACCUGCAGAUUACCAUCAAGAACAUUCACGUGCGAUACGAAGACGUGAACCAGUUCACCAAACAGCAGUUUGCCAUGGGAGUCACUCUGGAGGAGCUUUCGGCCAUCAGUACCGACCAAGACUGGAAGCCCGCGUUUAUUCAAGGAGGAGCUAUCGCCAACAAGUUGGCCCGUCUGGGUUCUUUGUCCAUGUACUGGAACUCGGACACCGCUAGUCUGGCGCCAUUAGACAACGAAGAAUUCAUCAAAGCCUUCAAGGCGCUGAUUGCUGCAGAGUCCAACGCUCUCAGUGACUCGCACCAGUACAUUUUGCGUCCCGUGUCUGGAGUGGGCAAGGUGACGAUGAACAAGGGUGCCAUAACCAAGACAACACCCAAGACGAAGAUUGAGCUCAUGUUCGAGGAGCUGGGUUUCAUCUUCGACUCAUUGCAAUACCGAGACGUACUGUUCACGGCCUCAGAGUUUCAGCUGUACUACAAAACACUGAAGUACCGAGCUCUGAAGCCCAAGGACGCCAAGCAUGCCAAGGAUAACCCCCGCGAGUGGUUCCAGUACGCCAUCAAAGCGGUGCUGCAGGAGAUCCACGACAAGAACAAAGUCUGGAGCUGGGACUACAUCAAGGGCCGUCGAGACGACCGACGAGAGUACAUCAAGCUGUACAAGCAGAAGUUGGAGGGUACCCUGACGGACACUACUAAAUUUGACAAGCUCGAGAUGAAAUUGUCGUACGAAGAUUUGCGGUUCUAUCGGUCUCUAGCGACCAAGGAGCUCAAGGAGGAGAAGCCAGAGCUGUUCGAGAAGUCCGCGCAGCCGGAUGAGAAGAAGGGCUGGUUCUCGUGGAUGUGGGGCACUGCAGACGACAAGGAGAAGGCUGAGAAGCCCCCAGUGGUGCUCACAGACGACCAGAAGAAGGAGUUGUACGACACCAUUGGGUGGGACGAGGAGAAGUCUCCUAACGAUACGUUUGACGUACCCAAGGACGUUACCAUGAUGCGUCUUGACGCGUCUCUCAAGUCCGGUUCUCUUCAGUUGUCUCGAGACCAACGUAACGCCAAGUCCGGUAUUGCCAAGGUCGAGUUCACGGACCUGUUUGCAGCCUUUUCACAGCGAAUCGACUCGUUCGCAGGUGACAUUGGCGUUGGCGACAUGUUCAUGGACGAUUCCACAGUCGGAUCUGCUUUCCCGCGCAUUGUUUCCGGCAAGCAGCUUGCUCAGAUGGGUACAGCCACUGCAGGCAACUUUCUGGACCUCACUUUCGAGAACAAUCCUCUGGACGGUCAUGCUGAUUCGUGUUUGAGCGGUAAGAUGAAGGCUCUGAACAUCAUCUACAACGUCAAGUUGGUUGAACAGGUGAUUCUGUUUUUCAAGCCCGCCGACAACCAUCAGGAGACCCUGACUGCGCUUAUGAGUGUGGCUGGUACGACUGUGGAGGAGUUCCAGGCCAAGACUCGUAUCGGACUUGAAUACGCCCUGGAGGAACAUAAGACGAUCGACGUACAGCUGGAUCUGGCUGCUCCUCUGAUUGUCAUGCCUCUGGACAUCACCAAUAAGGAGUCGCCGUGUCUGCUGAUCGACGCUGGUCAGAUCAAAAUCAAGUCAGACCUCGCCGACAAGAAGCUCAUUGACCAGGUCAAAUCCAAGGCGUCGCAGCAGUACUCGCAGGCCGACUGGGACCGGCUCAAGGUUCUCAUGUACGACAAGUUCAACAUUGAGCUGUUCAACACGCAGCUGUUGAUUGGAUCGAACAUGAAGGACGCGGUAGGAGAUAUGCUGGUGGAGCACUCGCCUAAUUACGUGAUCGACCGGAUCAACCUCAAGUUUCUGCUGGAGGUGUCGAUUGUUCCUGACGCUACCCACCUGUCUAAGAUCAGAGUAUCCGGAGAGCUCCCCAAGUUCCAAGCAUCUCUUUCUGAUGCUCGGUACAAGCUUCUGAUGAAGUUCAUCGAUCUGGCCAUCCCUAACACGGACUCCAGUCCCUCGGACACUCCCUCUCAUGAUAUUUUCCUAAGACGGUCAGAUUCUCAGUAUUACUCUGAUAUUAACGACAACGAGGAGAAGGAGAAGGAGAAGGAGGAGAAGGAGGCCUCUGCCAUUGCCAAGAUGAGCGCCCCACAGCUCAAGCAGAAGCAGUUUGAGUUCUUUUUCAAGGUCGACACGUGUCUGUUGUCACUGCGAAAGUGCACAAACUGGGACACUCUGGAGGAGGAGCCGCUAGUGGACUGGACUUUGGGCCAGUUUGACGUCUACGUGGCUACCACCGAGCUGAACAUGUACGUGGACUUCAAUCUGGCUGUGUUCCAUGUCGAAUCGUUUAUCGAGUCUGACACUCAGCCGCAGUUCCGAAAGAUCAUCUCCUCUCACUACGAUAAGGCCAAUGGUGAGGACAAGCUGCUGCAGGUGCAUUUCGAGCGUCACAAGAGGGAACUAGAGGCUGGCAGGGAACCUGUGGUCACAGAACAGAUUGUCACUGUGUACUUGUCUACUAUUUCUUUUGUGUUGUCCCCUAAGACGUACCUCACCAUUAUGGACUUCAUUCUUACUGCCUUCACCGAUGACGAGCCUGCUCUGAAACACGGUUCUGGCAAGUUGAUUGAUUCUACGGCGGGUGAGUCUACCAAUGGUAAGGGUGCUAACUACAAGACUCCCGAGGAUCCUCCACAGGAACACACGCCCACGAUUUCUGUCAAAGUAAUUCUCAACUCGAUCGUGAUUGCGUUUGUGGACGACGGCAUCAAGAUCUCAACGGCAAAGUUGUCCUCUGCCAACAUCAAGGUGCUAUUGGUGCAGGAGCGAAUGCUGGUGGAGGGCCAGCUGGGCAACUUGUCUGUCAGAGACGACAUGAACGAGGGCACCGACAAGCACUCGAUUCUGCGUCAGCUGGUGUCCAUUGAGGGUGAGAAGGAGCUUGCUCAGUUCUCGUACGAAACCUUUUCGCCUUCUUCCGAUACAGAAGACCAGAAUUACACGUCUGCGGUCUACUUCCGAUCUUCGUCAAUCAAGGUGAACUUCGUUGAGGAGCCGUUUGCUCGAAUCGUGCAGUUUCUGGCCAAGUUUUCGCGAAUGAAGGCUAUUUAUGACGUGGCACGACAAAUGGCCAUGAACCAGGUCAACCAGGCUGCCACACAGACCCAGCCCGACAAGAUGAAGCUGGACGUGAUUUUCCAGGCUCCCAUUAUCGUGUUCCCCACUCUGUGUCCCGGCCUGGGCGGUGUCUGCGAUCUCAUCACGUUCAACUUUGGAGAGUUUUACCUGCAGAACUCGUUUCAGCCGUUUGACGACUCUGCUGGUUCGACUCUGUUUUCCAAUGAUAUCCACAUGGGUAUUCGAAACACGAGCAUCGCUUCUGAGUUUUACACUCUGGAUUCGGGAAAGAAACAGUCUCUUGAGAUUAUUGGUGACCUGCAGCUCAAGCUCGACAUUUCGUAUGUGGAGUAUACCAAGAACCUCAACCGGCCUUCUACCAUUGUGACAGGUAACAUCACUGGUUCUGAGAUGAAGCUGACAGAAUUGCAGUUCAAGUACCUAAUGAUCAUCUCUGAUACUCUGCAGGCUGUGUUUUCUGGUGAUGCCAAUGGCCAGGUGGACGACGAGGAGAUGGAUGAAUUUGCCGCCGAUCUCAUGGGUGAGGAUGCGAUGUCGCUGGCCAAUGAGAGUGUCACCACUGAUAGCGAAGCUGACAAGGAGGAGGCUCAGGACCCCAACUUUGUGCAGAUGGACGUGGCGUUCAAGACGGAAGCUAUUGCAUUGACACUGUUUGCCGACACCGUGGGAUGUGCUGAGGCUGAGAUUGAUACCACGCGGUUGACCAAGUUUUCGCUCAACGAUAUUGGUAUCAAGUUCAAGCUGAAGCAGUCUGGAGCCAUUGACUCGGAGUUCCAGAUUCAGUCGUUCACGAUCGAUGACUGCAGGCCUGUAAAGGAAAACAAGUUCACGGAGAUCUUGCCCAAGAUCAACAAUGACGAGCAGCAGUUCCAGCUGCGAGUGUCUCGAGGAGCUCGUGAGGGCAAGGACGAGAAGCCUCUGGCUCUGGUGUUGACCAUCGACUCGCCCCAGAUGAUCUUGUCGCUUGAUUUCUGCUUUGCCAUGCAGGCCUGGUUCCAUGCUGGUAUGCCUGUCAAGAACGAGGACGAAGAGGAAUUGGAGGAACUUAUGGAUGAGGAGAGGACGCCUGAAGGAGAGCUGUCCGAGAACGGGGGAGGAGCCAUGGUGCUGGCCAACAAGCCUAUACGUCGGGGUUCAGAUGAUCUGCCUUCGCAUCACUCGUCCCAUGAGGACCGUGUGGAGGGUGGGGGAGAAGAGCAUGAUGGAACCGAUAGUUUGUGUUCUCAACCGACUCAGACCGUGGUCAAGGUGCCUGUUUCGCCCGAACCCAUGUCUAUCAAUGUGGUGGUGAUUGACGCCAGUAUCAUUGUGCUGGCUGACAACACAGUUGAGAACACGGAGGCGUUGGUGAUCAAGACGGAGCAGAUUGUGUAUUCGCAGUCGCGGGUCAUGUCUCUGACCGUUUCCAACGCCGGCGUCUUCCUUUCUCGUAUGGAGACCAUCCACGAGUCUCGGCUGCGAGUUCUGGACGACUUUUCCGUCGUCAUGUCGCACGACAACAAGCACACUAACGCUACUAGUAUGCUAACGACCAUCCAGAUCUCGAUUGAGCCUCUGAUUAUGCGUCUGUCGAUUCGAGACGUGAUGAUGGUGGCCGACAUUGUAUCCAAGGCCACUGCUACUCAGGGUCAGGAGGAGCAGAAGGCCGUGCCUCGGUACUCGUCCUUUUCCAAGGACUUCCAGCGGCGGUUGUCGCGAUCUGUGGCAGAUACUAGGACCCAAAUCACCGGUGGUUCGCGGUCCCGGCGACGGUCUUCGGUGGCCUCUGGAGCUGCGUCUGGAACUACUUCAGCUGCUGGCUCGAUUCACGAGGGUAUGGCUACCAUUAUGGGCGAGCGGUGCGACGUGGAAUUCAGUGGUAUGCGGUUUGUGGCCAUGGGUGUGAUCCACGAGUUGCCCUUCCUGGACUUUUGGAUCAACCCCUUCACCGUAAAGGCCAGAAACUGGUCGUCUGACUUGUCUGUCGACACAGGAAUUGAGUGUCUCAUGAACUUUUAUAACUACAGCAAGAGUUCUUGGGAGCCUCUGAUGGAGCCUUGGAACGUUGGAUUCCAUCUGGCGACGCAGGCCAAGUCGCAGAUGGUGGCAAUGGACAUUUACAGCCGAAAGCGAAUGGAGGUGACCAUCACCUCUCGAACUCUGGCGCUUGUGUCCAAGAUGAAGCAGAUGCUCAACUCCGAGUAUGCUGACAUUAGCAACCGAAAGGUCGAGGCUCCUUACAGGAUCACCAACCAGACUGGUUUCCCCAUCGAGGUGUGGACUGAGACGGACAACACCCCCAAGCCCACAGAGCUGCAGGACGGUGAUACUGUGCCGUGGUCGUUCCAAUCGACUCAGGAGGUGCGAGAGUCGCUGGUGAUCGAUACUCAAAAGGCAUAUCUGAGUGUCCGGCUGAUGGACUCGCCAUUUGACGUGCUGCAUUCGAUUUCGGCGGUUUCCGAGGGCGAGUUUUUGCACGUUCUCAAGCCCCGAAUUGCAGGUGUCUCUCAUCGACUCGUUGUUGAGAUUACGCUCAACAGCGAUACCAUCAAGGAGGUGCUGCUCAAGUCAGCGUACACCUUCACCAAUCACACGCAGAUUGAGGUUGACCUUGGUCUGGAUGAUGAAGGCAAGGUGCUGCCCGAGGUGUUCCACAUUGCCCCCGGCGAGUCACGUGCCGUGCCCAUUGACCGUCUUCGAACGUGCUCUGUGCUCAUCAGGCCCGCCAAGGGCUAUGGAUACGGAUGGUGCAAACCUCUGGAGUGGACUCAGUUCCUAGAGAAGCCUCCCGUGGUUGCCUGCAAGCGUAUUAAUGCUGAAGACGACACGCUUUUCUUCUUCCAGGCUACCGCCAAGUACGACCGCAACGAGCCACUCACCCGGGUUUACCCCCACAUGGAGAUAGUGCUGUCGCCUCCUGUGGAGAUUGAGAACCUGUUGCCGUACGAUCUGCAGUACCGAAUUUAUGACAAGAGUACCAAGAAGGACUGGACAAACUUCAUCAAGCGGGGCGGCAAGUCACCCGUCCAUGUUGUUGAGCUCAAUCACCUGUUGCUGCUUUCGGUACAUCCUCGAGAUUGUGGUUUUGAGCGGACCGAUUUUGCCGUCAUCAACGCUCCCAAGGGUGACGAGUUUGAUCGGGAGAAUGAGUUUGUGACUCGUCAUGAAGACGGUCAACGUCUGAGACUGCACUUACAUUACGUCUCUGACAAUGACUCGUACGCCGGUAUCAGAGUGCAGGUGUUCACUCCCUACCUGCUGCUCAACAAGACCGGUCUCAACGUUCAGGUGCGGUCUCAUUUCCACACCACCCACUCCAAGGUGUCUUCCCAGUUGCCUGCCUUUGAGGAAGAGGAGGAGGACUACGUGGAGGAGCAUGGGGAGGACGUGAUGCAGCGAGGACACAUGAAGCGUGCCCAACCAACCAUGUUUUCGCUUGACCAAGACGACCGCAAGGCCCGAGUCACCAUCAAGGUUGGAGACUCGAAAUGGAGUGAUUCUCAGUCAUUUGAUGCCAUUGGAGGCACCACCGAGAUCAUUAUGGCCAACUCGUCCAAGCAGUCGGAGAUCCAUGUUGGUAUGCACGUCUUUGAGGGUAAGGGCCGGUACAAGCUAACUCGGUUCAUUGAGCUGACGCCCCGAUUUAUCAUUCACAACUGUCUCAAGGAGGAGCUCCGAAUCCGAGACCCCAUGUGCAACAUUGAAAUGUCUGUUGGAGCCUUCAAACCCAUUCAUUUUAUGUCCGAGACCCCCUUGGGCGACAAGGUGUGUCUGGAGGCGUCUUUCACAGGCGAGGGAUGCCAGUGGUCUGCUCCCUUCUCCAUUUCCGACAUCGGAAAGACUUACGUCAAGAUCUACCGUGCUGGAAAGGGCUUCACUCUGCUGAACGUAGAUGUCAUUCUGGAGCAGGCUACCAUUUUCCUGCAUUUUGAGGAGGCUGGUCAGAACUGGCCCUUUUCCAUUCGAAACUUCACCGAGGAAGACUUCACCUUCUUCCAGGCAAACCCCUUUGUGAAUGACGACGGAGAAGAACUUGACUCGCACCCCAAGUUCAAGCCUCUCACCUAUAAGCUGCCUGGCAAGUCGGUCAUGCCUUAUGCUUGGGAUUACCCGGCUUCUCCUGUCCGAGAGCUGGUACUCAUCACUCGAGGCAAGCGUCGACACAUCCAGCUGGCUGAGAUUGGUAACCUCACGCCCAUGAAGUUGCCUGCUGAAGAUGACGAGCCUGCUUCUGUGGUGGACCUCAACGUAGUGGCCGAUGGACCUACUCAGACUCUUGUGAUCUCGCCUUACGAUCCUGAUGUAUCGCUGUACAAGCUCAAGGGCGGUCAGUCGUCCACUUCCAUGGCUUCCAGGGCACCAGCUGCCGUGUUUGAGCUUGACGAGAGUGACAAGGAUAUCCACCGCAAGUUCACGCUCUCAUUGGAGGGUGUGGGCGUGUCUCUGAUCAACAACAAGCUGCAGGAGCUGUGUUACAUCACACUACGUGGCCUGGAGGUGAAGUACAACGAGUCUGACUUGUACGAGACCUUGUCGUUCCAGCUCAAGUGGGUCCAGGUCGACAACCAGCUAUUUGGCGGUAUUUACCCCAUUGUUCUGUACCCCUCAGUGGUGCCCAUGUCUGGCAAGGAGCUUGACAACCAUCCCACGUUCUCAGCUUCUCUGUGCAAGGUGCGAGAUGACAGCCAUGGAGUCAUUUACAUCAAGUACGCUACUCUGUUGCUGCAGGAGAUGACACUGGAGAUGGAUGAGGACUUCCUCUUCUCUCUGCUGGACUUUAUGAAGCUGCCCGAAGCUUCAUGGACCGGCCAGGGCAAACAGGAGGAGCAGAUGUGUGCUGAUAUGCUUGAGAUUCCCGAGCCCAAACCUGUCAACACUGGUGCCGACCUCUACUUCGAGAUGCUGCACAUCCAGCCUGCCCAGAUGAACUUGUCAUUUGUCCGAACUGAGCGAGUCAAUGUGGACGAUAAAUCGGAUGCCGAAAACACGCUCAUGUUCUUCCUCAAUGUGCUCACCAUGGCCAUUGGAAACAUCAACGAUGCGCCAGUCAAGCUUAAUGCUCUGAUGAUGGAGAAUGUGCGUACUUCGUGGCCGGUUCUCAUCCAGGCUGUGAGUACUCACUACGGCCAGGGAUUUUUCUACCAGCUGCAUAAGAUUCUCGGUUCCGCCGAUUUCCUCGGAAACCCCGUCGGUCUUUUCACCAACAUCUCCUCUGGUAUCAUGGACAUCUUCUACGAGCCGUACCAGGGCUUUAUCAUGAAUGACCGUCCCUCUGAGCUGGGUAUUGGAUUGGCCAAGGGCUCUCUGUCUUUCGUCAAGAAGUCUGUCUACGGUGUUUCCGACUCUAUCUCCAAGGUUACAGGCUCCAUUUCCAAGGGUCUGUCUGUGGUGACGAUGGAUAAGUCGUUCCAAAACCGCCGACGGGUCAACAAGACCCGAAACCGGCCCAAGCAUGCUCUGUUUGGCCUCACCACGGGAGCUUCGUCCUUCUUUGACGCCUUUGCUUCUGGUAUUGCAGGCAUUGCAGAGGCGCCCAUGCAUGGCGCUGCCACCGAAGGAGCCGCAGGCUUCUUCAAGGGUGUUGGAAAAGGUCUGGUUGGCUUGCCCACAAAGACGGCCAUUGGAAUGUUUGAUUUUGCCAACAACAUCAGUGAGGGAAUCAAGAACACCACCACCGUGUUUGAUCCCAACGCCAUUUCGCGAAUUCGAGCCACCCGAUAUCUGUCUUAUGACGGCAUUGUUCGACCUUACAGUCAGACCGAGGCUGUGGGCCAGACCUGGCUCAAGCUGAUCGACGGCGGCACUUUCUUCAAUGACAAGUAUCUGGCUCAUGUGGAGAUUGCGGGCACUGAGAAGGCCGUCAUUCUGACCUUUAACCGAAUCAUCAUGUUCCACACCGUCAACAUGGAGAGCUACUGGACCGUGAAGCUGGAGAAGAUUGACACGAUCACAAUGGAGAAGACUGGCCUUGCUCUCAAGCUGCUGGAGGAUGUGCCUGGUCCUUUUAUUCCCAUUCCGGAUCCGUCCAACAGAAAGUUCUUCUACCACAAGAUUGCCGUGGCUGUCCAGGAGUUCAACAUCAAGCAUCAGACGCUGUUGGUUUAG